GAUUUAGAUAUAUAGGUAUAUAAUAAAGAUGGCAUCUUUAAUAUGAAUCACAAUAUGAGUGAUCAAAUCAAUAAAUAAAAUGCAAUCAUUAUUAGGUAAUCAAACCCUCAAGAUGGUGCAAAGUGAAGAUGAAGGCAAGGAGAGGAAAAGCUUCAGAGAUUCACCACGCCUUUACCUUCUUGGUCCACGUCAUAUUGAUUCUCAGCAUUAUUAUGAAGAAGAGCUGCCACCAUGGAGGUUGAAAGACAGGAUGAAGACAGUGAGCGUGGCGUUGGUCUUAUGCCUCAAUCUGAAUGUGGAUCCUCCAGAUAUAAUUAAAACUAAGCCUUGUGCCAGGCUUGAGUGUUGGUUUGAUCCACAGAAGUGCAAUUUGGCCACAAAACCUAUCAAGCAAAUUGGGAACAAAUUGCAGAAACAGUACGAGACAUGGCAAAGACGAGCAAGAUACAAACAGAGCCACGACCCUACAAUUGAAGAGCUAAAGAAUUUGUGCAUCUCACUGAGGCGCAAUGCCAAAGAAGAGCGAGUCUUAUUCCAUUAUAAUGGCCAUGGAGUGCCUCGUCCCACGGACAAGGGAGAAAUAUGGGUCUUUAAUAGUAAUUAUACUCAGUAUAUCCCCUUGUCGGUGUACGAGUUGCAGCAAUGGCUAACUUGCCCAUCCAUCUACGUUUAUGAUUGUUCCAAUGCUGGCGUCUUACUAAAGCACUUCAACAGUCAGGGAGUUUGGAAAAACAAUGGAGGCAGUGAUGGUGGUGACAGUGGUACAGAAGGAGAGGUCACCACCACUGCCACUGAGCAGCCUUCCAGUCCCGGCAGUCAAUCCGUACAGCCUCCACCUCAGCAGGGUGCUGCGCAACAGCAGCAGCAUCCUGCUGAUCCUCAAGCUGACCGCCAUCAGCAGCAACACCCUGCCUCAGGAGGUGUCCGCCAGUCUAGUCGCCAAGUAGCGGAUUUUGGUCCCGUUCAUCCCGUUAAUCCGCACCUCAUUGCAGGAAAUCCCAAUUUCCAGGCAAACAAUGUACCUGGUCAAGAAAACGUCAACUUUAACACCAACCUUGGGCCUAACAUGGGCCAGCCUAUCGAGUCAGGGUGUAGCACGCCUCAACCGUCCGUCUUUGGUGAGAGCAUCCACCUGUGUGCGUGUGGUGAAGGGGAACUCCUGCCGAUGUGUCCCGAGCUUCCAGCUGACGUCUUCACCGCGUGCCUGACGACGCCCAUAACCAUGGCAGUGCGAUGGUUCCUGCUGCAACAUUGUGCCUACCCGCCCCCUCUCCAUAUUGCUGACAAGAUACCCGGAGAACUGCAUGACCGACGCACGGUGCUCGGAGAGCUCAAUUGGGUUUUCACGGCCAUAACUGACACCAUCGCGUGGAAUGUUCUCCCUCUCGAGCGGUUCCAGAAGCUGUUCAGACAAGACCUGCUGGUAGCGUCUCUCUUCCGGAAUUUCCUGCUAGCGGAGCGCAUCAUGCGCGGCUAUGGCUGCUGUCCGGUCUCUCUUCCCCGCCUUCCUCCUACGCACUGUCACUCAAUGUGGCAGUCAUGGGAUCUAUCACUGCAAAUGAUACACUCAAUGUGGCAGUCCUGGGAACAAAUUACCCGCAACGGCAAAGACCAACAGUUUGUCAUUCAUCCCUCUAAUUUACAG